AUGGACAACAGCAUGGCUGCAGUAAUACAUGGUGCAAUCGGCCGAUGCUCUGUAAGCGACAGCCAACGUCGACCGCUGAACGAUAGUAGCAACUUAUCCGGGAGCAUGAGUGAGGCUCAGGGUGGGAAUCCUUCGUUGCAUUCAUGCCUUCGCUGUCCGGGCUGA